ACCUUCGCCUCAAAACUUGCCAGCCCCCUGCUUUUCCAGUUUUCCUUCCUCUCUCUCUCUCUCUCUCUCCACAACCAGAGCGUAGCACUCACCGACCCACCUUCUCUCUCUAUCUCUACAUGCAACGAGAAUGGGCAAUCUGUGCACCUGCUUCUCGCGCAAACCAGUGAAGAAGAGGCGCAUCGCCGCGAUUACGAAGCGCAUCGCCAGCCACGGCCAGCCACCCUCGUCGCUCCCCAGUUCGGGCAGCCGGUGGAGCCGAGCCCGAUCGUCGCGCAAGGACAAGGUUGAAGCCCUGACGCGGGAGCAGGCCGUCGCUGCCGCGAUCCUCUUCCAACGGCACCGGCAGGACGGCGAUUCCGCGCCCUUCGACCGCUCGGCCUCGCUCAGGUGCCCGAAUUUGGGCCCCAAGAAGCAGGCCCUGCCCAGGAGCUCCAGCUCGCGCGCGCGGUCGCUCACUGAUCCUCUGUUGCAGCCUCAACAGCUCGUCAACCAGGAAAUAAAGAUUGACGAUCUAGAAACAAACCAUUUCAUCCUUGUUCAUGGAGGUGGUUUUGGUGCCUGGUGUUGGUACAAAACUAUAGCACUCCUUGAGGAAGGGGGUUUCAAGGUUACUGCCAUAGACUUGACCGGUUCCGGGAUUCACUUGUUUGAUGCAAAUGGUGUCACAAGUCUAUCGCAGUAUGUCAAGCCAUUGACUGAUUUCCUCGAAAAGCUUGCUGAUAGGGAGAAGGUAAUCCUGGUGGGACAUGAUUUUGGGGGUGCAUGCAUAUCAUACGCAAUGGAACUGCUUCCCUCUAAAAUUUCAAAAGCCAUUUUUGUAGCAGCUGCCAUGUUAACCAAUGGUCAAAGUACUUUGGACACGUUUGCAAAGCAGGCUGGCACAAAUGAUCUAAUGCAACAUAGUCAGAUAUUUUUGUAUGCCAAUGGGAAUGACAACCCUCCGACUGCUAUUGACCUGGACAAGUCACUGUUGAGAGACCUGCUGUUUAACAGGAGCCCUGCCAAGGAUGUCGCAUUAGCAUCUGUUUCGAUGAGACCUAUUCCCUUUGCUCCAGUGCUUGAGAAGCUUCGCCUUUCGAACAAUUAUGGUAUCGUGAGGCGGUUUUACGUAGAGACUUCCGAAGAUAAUGCCAUUACUCUCGAGCUCCAGGAGAGCAUGGUGAAGGCGGACCCCCCAGAACGCGUAUUUCUUCUGAGAGGUGCUGAUCACUCGCCUUUCUUCUCGAAGCCUCAAGGCCUACACAGGAUUUUGGUGGAGAUAUCAAGAACUUUGUGAACUCGGAUAGACUUGUGAGCAUAAUCUUAGAUUGAUCCGGUCCACGUAGACCCUGCUAGAAUGCUCACCAUGGUGUGGCCGCGUGAGAGCCGAAUGCAGGACUUGCAAGUUCAGCAGGGAGAUCAUGCACCAUUGCACACAUACAUGAAUGCUCCGGAGUUUUCCGAGAAUCCUCCUGAGCAAAGCUCAGGCAUCGUGUCAGGGGCCAUCGCUCCUCCUGUCCGCGACAGCUGAGCGCCGGCGUAAAUGGCACAGUUCUGUGCUUUCCAAGGUGUAAGAGAUGUCUAUGAGAAUGUGGUAGUUCCGAAGGUUCACAAAAAUAGUUCAUGGGAUGGGAAUUUUUGAUCCAGAA